AUGUCGUCCAUUCCAUCUACCGACGCCGAGUGGGAGACGCUUAUCUCCAGAGUGCGAGAUCGGGUGCCUAACCGGUGUUUAUCGCAGCCGACCAUCCCGUUACAAGUUCCCCGGAUGAUUGACCACACGUUGCUGAAAAGGCCAAUCGAACCCGAGCAGAUCGAUGUUCUAUGCCAGGAAGCCCGGGAUCAAGAAUUUGCCUCGGUCUGCGUAUGGCUGGACUACGUGAGUCAGGCGGCUGCAAACCUGCGAGAUGCACCGCGUACCGUCGUCGCAUGCGUGGUGGGCUUCCCCGAAGGCACGCACGACACCGCUGACAAGGUCCACGAGGCCAAAGAGGCCAUCUCGCAGGGCGCGAGCGAGCUGGAUAUGGUGAUCAACUGGCCCAAACUUAAGAAUGGCGGGUACACCUCCGUCUUCGAGGACAUCAUGGCCGUGCGUAAAGCGGCUCCUUCGCCGACCAUCAUCAAGGCCAUUUUGGAGGCAAACCAGCUCGAUAGAGACGAGCUCAUUGCUGCCACUACUAUAUGCUGUCUGGCCGGCGUCGACUAUGUCAAGACCAGUACCGGAUUCAAUGGCCCCGGUGCCAACGUCAACCAAGUCACCAUUAUGCGCCUCACCGCGAAGGCUUGCGACAACCAUGACAUCAGUGUCAAGGCCAGUGGAGGUAUUCGGACCGCAGUUGACUGCUUGCGAAUGAUUAAAGCAGGCGCCACCCGCAUCGGCACGAGUGCAGGGGUUCAGAUCAUGAAGGAUUUGGAUGAAGGUGAACUUCUCGAGCAAGGCGCGAGCCACGCCGUGUCCUAG